UCCAAUUCCUUCGUCGUAUUUAUCUUCAUUGGGUGCUGAUACAGUUUCGCCAGUGGUUCGCUUCAGCCGCCAUCUGCAAAUAAUAUUUUUAUUAUUGCUCGACGAGAGCCGUCCAUCAGCUAUCGUUCGUUUGUUUGUUCAUUCGUUCUAAAGUGGUUGAUCUGUUGAUCUCGAUCGUCUUGAAGAGACGUUCGACUUCGCUAUAGCGAGUGAGUGUUGAUCGCUGCUGCAAGUGUGCAAGAAAAUAACAAAGCAGGCCAGAAAGUAAGUUCUUCCCUAUUUUUCCUAAUGUCAGGUGAAGAGUGUUGAAAAGUUCGGUCCGUUUUCCAAAUUUUUGGGUGAUCUUUUUUCAAAAUUUUGUGUGUAGUGUUGGAGGUGGUGUUUUUUCGGACAACUUGAACGUUGGUUGGCAGCUGCUAGAGACCCCGUGGUUACCAUUUUACCUUGUCCGUCUUUUGACUAGGCAGCGCACACACAGCAGUCAGCUCAGAACAGAUAGAAGUGCCAAGAAAAUGAAGAUGCCAGACCACAGCAUUGGAUGUAGUAGCUCAAACAACGGUUACAGCGGUAACUACAGCGACAGCUACGACUCCGAUCCAGACGGUUACAUCACUCCACCGAACGAAGACAACUCGAACGGCGGUGGUCCCAACUUAGACGAAGACUUUUCCGAAUACAUGUGGAUGGAGAACGAGGAAGAGUUUGACAAGCAGGAAAUGCAACGACUCGAAGAGGAAGCCCUCAUGGAGCAGUGCAUUGAAGCAAUGCUUCAGGAUGAGCUAGACGCCGUACAGGACACCAACCGAGACCCAACGCUAGCAGUGGACAGCCCAAAGGAUUUGUGCUAUGCCCUGUCGAGCCUACAGGUCCAGUCCAAUGACCCGAAGGUCGCCGUUGAGCAGUCAACGUUGAACCCUCUGGCAGCCGAAUUCGUGCCAUCGGUGCUAUCGUCGACGUCAGUUUAAAACUGAAACCGUUGGUGAUCUACAACUCUUUCUCUCUCUAUCUUAACAAUUCUUCUCUAGCGGUAGGCCAGCAAGCGUAAAGAAUACUCAAUAAGCAAACAAACAAAAAAAUCAUUAAAAUGUUUCAUACUCUCACAGUUGUAUCAGUCAUCGUCGUUAUACAUAAUAGAAAUCUUGUUGCAUUUACUUUUCCGUGAAAAGUAAAGUUGAGUAUUGUUGCGGGCGGGACUAACGAAUCGCGAAGAGCUUCUUAGAUGAGCGUGGACUACUGGUGAAAUUCGAAAGGCAAACAUGGAUUAAGAGGUUAGAUAUCAAGUUCAAUCGUACACAUAUGAAUACUUAUUUAGGCAAAUGACGUACAAAUCCAAUGUUUUUAGUUAUCUUGAUCUCAACCAGAGCGUGGAAGACUUGAGAGCAAGAUAUUACCAAACUAACAAAAAAAAAAUCAUACGUCGUAAUUCAGGCAAAAAAUGUAGCAUCCCUAGGUAUUGUAGAAUAACAUAUAAAAAAAUGAACAAAAUUUAGGCAAAACAAAAUGGCGGCAUUGUUUGUAAUUAGUUGAAAUUUGGCAAUCAUUUCCAACGUACAGUCUACAUUAAUAUUACAACGAAACAGUCUGGUCAUUAAAUGCGAAUAAAUAAUAAGUGUGAUUCUUUAUUAUCCCAGAACAAUAAUGUUUCAGUAUUUCAGUGUUACAGUUUUGCAAUAAUCCAACUGAUUUUAGUGAGUAAAUAACGAUACAUCUCAAUCAAUACGAACAUGGAAGUUUUCCGAAAUUAUCUGCUAAAAACUUAUUAAACGUACACAGAAUUUGUUACAAAACGAAUGAAAUAGUUCCUUUAUUCGAAAAGCGUACUGCAAAAGCCAUUAUUGAAUUGCUGUAAUGUAGUUGGAUUUACCACGAUCAAUACUGAAUAGGAUAGUUGAAGUCGUAUAGUAUGCUAAACAGUCUGGACAAGAGCGAUUCGGCGCCCUCUUUUUUGGCAUUUUCUAAUUGUAGGGUCUCUAUGCAGUGUUCAGCUGUUCUGCAAAAUCCAAAACCCAUUUUGCACGUUAAGUAUGAUGAUCUUCCAAAAAUUUAAACACUAUUUGACUCAAUAUCGUUACAACUUCAACCAGACUUCUAAACCUUUUACGAGUUAUAAAGAUGGACAAAAUAAUUUUGGUUUUUUGAUACAUAUAAAAAGCAUGACCGUUGUUUCAAUAAGGCUAUCCAAACUAAUGUAGUAGGACAUCUUGAUUGAGAUGAUAGCAUAUGUUAAUUGGAACUCAUAAAAUGAUGGAUAGCUACCUCCGUAUCCGUAGGCCUAUUACUCUAACAAGCUGCGUUAAUUACAAUUAAAAAAAAUACAGACAAAACACCCAAAAAUGCUGCUAGUACCAUUUUUAAUUCUGUGUUGGUCAGUUAAGAUAAAAAUCGAAACGUCAAAACUCGCAUCAAAACUCAAUUGUCUACCCUUUACAUAAGCGCGAAUGAUGAAGUGGAGCUUUUACCCAAUUAAAAUAGUUAGAUGAAGAUAAAGAAAGGAUAGGUUAACAACUUGAACGAGCUAGGCAUCGAGAAAACUAACGACGGCAAGUCUGAAACCACUUAUGGAUAGAAAAAGGAUUGCAAAUCCUAUUUUAGGAAAUAAAGUUCCAUCCUGUGAUACGUUGCUUCUUUGGGAACGAGAAGUUUCACGAACCUUAUCUUUGAUUUCACUUUCUAAGUAUUUCCAAAGUUGAAUUUACAAACAUUUGUUGCAAUCAUUUUGUUCAGUGCUGUUUUGGAAGCGUACAAGAAUGUUUCCAAAAUUAACUGUUAAAAAUCUUACUCGAAACAAUGGAGCCUUUUAAUCUUUUGUUUUAUUGAACACGAGAAGAAAUUUAUUACGUUCAAAAUUAUAUCGACCCUUGUGCAUUUAUGGACAAAGAACAAACGCGGUGACGAAGAAAACCAA